ACAGUUCCGGCGACAGCUAGUGGAACGGCCGUCCCCCGCCCCAUCAUGCGAGGGUUCUGGAGCCAAGUGGUUACCCUAGCGGUAAUUUUCCAAAUCGCUCUAGUUUCGGGCAAGGCGUUAAUACAACAAAACCAACAGACUCAGCAACAGUUGGAACAUGAUUCAACCAAAAACCCUGCCACAGCGCAGAGACGUGACGGGUACGAUUACCCCGCACCACCCCAGGACCUCGUGAACCCGUUCCAGGAUCACGACGGCCUUCACGCUCACGGCGACCACCACGAGGUGAGCGACCACGGCGAUCACCACGAAGAGCACCACGACUUGCACGCCGAACACCACGUCGACGAGCAUCACCAUAUCGAAGAACACCACGACCACCACGAUCAUCACGACCACCACGACCCGGGCUACUGGAAAAAGAAACUUAUCUGGAAACCUGGAUGGAAAAAGAUCUGGAAGCCGGCCAAGAAACAAAUUUGGAAGCCGUCAUGGAAAAAGAUCUGGAAGCCGAUUUGGGUACCAACUAAAAUACCAGUGUGGAAGGAAAUCAAAGUUCCUGACUGGAAAAAAAUAUACAAACCCGAAUGGAAACCCAUCAAGGUACCAGCUUGGAAGGAAGUGAAAGUACCGGACUGGAAAAAAAUCACAGUUCCUGUUUACAAAGAUAUCGUAGUUCCGGGUUGGAAAGACAUACAAGUACCAGCGUGGAAGAAGAUUUGGGUGCCCGAGUGGGUAAAAGAAGGUGUUCCUGGAGAAAAGUAUUUGGGUAAAGAUCACGAUGGUUGGGAAUAUACAUCUCACGAUCUAUGGAGGAAGAGACUUGUGUGGAAACCUGUAUGGAAGAAAUAUUGGAAGCCAGGCAAAAAGCAAAUUUGGAUCCCAGACAAAAAGUUAGUCUGGAAAGAUGAGUGGAAGCAAAUCUGGAAAACUGAAAAGAAACAAAUCUGGAUUGAUGACAAGAAAUUAGUAUGGAAAGAAGCCUGGCAACAAAUCUGGAAGCCCUCAAAGAAACUGAUUUGGGUACCUGACAAGAAAUUGGAAUGGAAGGAAGCCUGGAAGCAAAUCUGGGUCCCUGAUUGGAAGGAUAUAUGGGUACCGGGCGUGAAGAAGAUUUGGAGGCCAGUAUGGAUAUCUGAAUGGUUCCCCUCACCUGACCACCACGAACAUGUGCACGAGUCCCACGGUUGGGAUCGUAGCGAUAACAACGUGACUGACAGCAAAGACGCUAAAGCCGUUGAACCGGAGCCACAAGUAAGCCAGCCAGCAAAUAAUGCUCAGCAAUUGACAUGGCAGUUCCCAAAAUAAUUUAUUGAUACUACGUAUUAAGUUGAUAUGAAAAAAAUCGUAUACUACCUGAAUCUGAUCAUGGCCUGUGUGUUUGUUGAAUGCUUAGUCUUUGGUCAGAAAGAGCAUUUCUGCCAUAAAGUCAAGACUGGAUAGUUGCUGCUGGUCAACGACGAUGUAAAGGAACAGUCGCUUCAUGGCACAACGCGUAGGUACUAUUUUUUCAUUAAUUAUCUAUUUGUAUGCCAUGCGAAAAUUUGUGCCGGCAAUGCGAUUGUUUCUUUAUUAGGAGAGGCUGGUGCUGUGAAAUACUCAGUCAAAAGAAUCUCUCGUAGAAGUAGACCCUACUUAGAAGUAGGGUGCCCUAUUUCUUUAUUACAAAGAUACGUAUGUUCGUUCUUA